CACGCGGGUUAUUCCUGCGGAAUGACAGUAAAUAGUGUAGCGGUAUAUGCGGGGCGGAGUCAACGCGUCUAACUCCACAUCCAUCAGAAUAAUCUCCAGCUCAGGACCUGGACGGAUAAAUCCUCAUGCUGAUGAGAGAGAGUGGAGGAGCAGGAAUGCGUGAACACGGACACGGCGCUGCGGUGUUAUUGUGUUUGGGCCUGUAAGAGGAUAUGACCGUGUGGAUUUACUGCGCUGAGUAAUGAAGGAUACCGAUAGCAAAUAACUUGAGUCGGACGCUUCUUAAUGUGUGCAUGUGGAUAAACAGGCUUCUAAGCGCAGGAUUUUAUUACCAUUAUAUUGGACACGUGUAGGUCUUCCUUUGUUAGCCAGUGUUCUACUUCAGUGCCUGUCCAGAGGAGCCUUUAUGAAUGACCCUCUUCAGUGACCUCCAUUGACUUUGCUGGAAAUGCAGAGGAGAGUAAUGGAUUUGUUCUUCUAUCUGCGUCCAUCCUCAUAUUUCCCGUGUGCCUGGAUGCAGAUGAAUCCACACAUGCAGUGGAGACAGAGCCAGAUCAUUGUUAUAGUAACUGCUGGACUGAUAAAGCAAUGUGCUUCGACUUGUGGCUAAAAGUCACAUGCUUAAACUGAAUAAUUUCUUAUAUCCCAAUGGUGUGCUGUCAAAUUCUGCACAUCGAAAAAAAAUCCGUUGCAGUAUAUUUUGCUCUUUUUUGGGGGGGCAUUGUACAGUUGGCCUUCUCUGUCAGGUACAGGGACUGCCGGGCACUAAUGUUGCCUAAAACAGGUCCAUCAGCCUCAAGUUGCUUGAGUAAUUGACUGAUUAUUUGCUGGAGAGGCUCCAACCUCAUGGCAUGGGUCAAACUGUUUAAAAAGCCUGGAGGCAACAUGUCUGGCACAGGUGCAAGGAGUGGGACAGGGCUGAGCAAGUCCUAUCAGCCGGGCAGCAUGAUCUCUCUUGCUUUGACCAAAGGACUUCUAAAUGAGCCAGGCCAGAACAGCUGCUUCCUCAACAGCGCUGUGCAGGUUCUUUGGCAGCUUGACAUCUUCAGGAGGAGCCUACGACAGCUGUCUGGCCAUUUCUGCUUGGGUGAUGCCUGUAUUUUCUGCGCUUUAAAGAGCAUUUUCUGUCAGUUCCAGCAGAGUCGAGAGCGGGCUCUGCCAUCAGACACUCUACGUCACGCUCUGGCUGAGACCUUUAAAGAUGAGCAGCGGUUUCAGUUGGGCCUCAUGGAUGAUGCAGCGGAGUGUUUUGAGAACAUUCUAGAAAGGAUACACCUCCACCUUGUUUCUGACUCAGCUACAGAAACAUGUACCUCCAAAUCAUGCAUCACCCACCAGAAGUUUGCUAUGACUCUCUAUGAGCAGUUUGUUUGUCGUAGUUGUGGAGCAUCAUCAGACCCUCUCCCUUUCACUGAGCUUGUGCACUAUGUUUCCUCCACAGCACUCUGUCAACAAGUGGAGCGAAUUUUGGAGAAGACAGACAGACUGCGUUCAGACAUGUUUGGUGAACUGUUGCAGGCAGCCAACACCAUUGGAGAUCUCCGCAACUGCCCUAGUAACUGUGGGCAGAGUAUCAAAAUUCGCCGCGUGCUGAUGAACUGCCCAGAGAUUGUUACCAUUGGCUUUGUGUGGGACGCUGAACAGUCUGACCUCACUGAAGAUGUCAUCCGCUCUCUGGGCCCAAACCUCAAUCUGUCAGGGCUGUUCUAUAGAGUCACAGAUGAAAAUGCCAAGAAAAGAGAUCUUCACCUGGUGGGAAUGAUCUGCUACUCUAGUCGACAUUACCUAGCAUUCGCUUUUCACAGCAAGUCUUCCAAAUGGAUCUUUUUUGAUGAUGCAACCGUGAAAGAGAUUGGCUCCAAGUGGAAAGAUGUGGCAUCUAAAUGUAUUCGGGGUCACUUUCAGCCUCUCCUCUUGUUUUAUGCCAACCCGGAUGGUACUGCAGUGUCCAAUGAGGAUGCACCCCGACAGACCACUAUGUGGUCCCGUUAUAACUCUCCUCUCAAUGGGAAAGGGACAGACACUCAUCUGUCAGGCUGUAAAAAACUGGACAGUGUGAGAGAUGCGAGUGCUGGUUCCCAACGAACAAAUCAGGGAUCUCACAAAACACCAAUGCAGUCUUCAACCAGCCGGCUUAAAGUGCUUCCAGAAAGUCCCAGCAGAUUCCGAGAGUCUUCCAGAGACUUGUCUCACAGAGGAGGUGGUGGACAGAGGAAAGACAGUGAAAGAAGCUACCGAAGAUCAGACUCUCUCCAACACAAAGAUAUGACAUAUCCACGCUCAUCUUCUCCACCUGAGAAUGGCCCAAGGUUUCAUUGUGAGCAGAGGCCGCGAACUUUGCCCUCACGAGUUUCUCGAACUGAGCACUCUUCUGUUCAUCCUCGUGUAUCACCCCAGGAGUCUCGCUCAAACCAGGGAAUGGCAUCUGGAGUCAGUCGUCACACUGAUUCGUCAUCGCUUUGCCAUCGUGGCUCCACAAAUCCGACUGAGCGUGGCAAGUCCAAGCCCUCGUGGAGACCAGUACGGGAAGUCCUGAAUGUAGACAGUGUGCUGAGCGAACUUGAGCGACGCCAGCAGCAGCAACAGCAGCAGCAGCGUGGAAGCCCUCGAUGUGUGCGUCGCUUCGGCCAUGAAAGGGGGCUGAUAAAGGAAAAACAGAAAGGCCUGAUGACUAUUUAUGAAGAUGACUCACGGCUGGAGACUGAAAGUCAAAGCUCCCAGGAGUCUCAGCGACAGAUGAUGGUGACCAGGCCUAAAGGUGGAGCAAAUGUAGCACAGCGAAGUGAUAACUGGAUGAUCCAGAGGACAGAGUCAGGAUACGAGAGCAGUGAUAGGCUGAGCAGCGGCUCCACCAAUCCUGACUCACCUGGGGUUGAGAACUUCACCGGCAAAGAGCUGAGGCUCAGUCAAGACGCACAGCAGCUCAGGGAUCAAGGCCAUAAUAAUCAAGGUGACUCAAAAAUGGAGGCAGCGCGUUCUCCACUGUACCACAGUAAACACUUGGCUAAAAUUCAGGGAAAGAACUCAGAACAUCUCAUGAAAGGCAGUCCAAGUUCAAGAAGGAAGCUUCGAUACUCAUCCUGUGGUACCAGGAAAGCAGGCAACACAGAGAAAGAUCCAUCGGGUGUGGAACUUCUAGCAGAGCAGCAGGAAGUUUCCAUGCGGUGGCACCACAGCCCAGAAAGCCCAUUACUGCGCCGCCUGGGCAAGAUCAGCAGUUCAGAGUGUAACAGUUCUGAUGAACUCACUAACCCUCUUUCAGAACAGGAGGACAGUGCUUAUCGUUCCAGCACCAGUGAAGUCGCUCCGCAUGAGUCACCAGGUCCCAAUCGCUCUAGUUACCCAAGGGAAGAAUCAGCCAUCCAAUCAGGACCCUCGAUUGCAAGCCACUCCAAACACGCUCAGCGACCGAUCGAGAUAAAGACUCCACCUUUCCGUCCCAGAAUCUUACAGGAACCAUCUCAAACAGCUUCCAGAGCGUCUGGCCGUGGUGCUCCAUCAUCUUCACACAGCAGUACAGUACACAGAAGAAUGGAGAUCAAUGGCACAUGCCCCAGCUCGUCCGAUGUGAGCUCAAAAUCGGGUUCAGACCAGGAAAGAGGGGAGCAGGUGUCCAGCGAGCCCGAGGGUUGGGAUAAGCCAUCUACUUCAGUGUCUCCGGGAUCUGGAGUGGCGUUGACUACUUAUUUCUCUGUGGAUAAUUGCAUGACAGAUACCUACAGACUGAAGUAUCACCACCAGAGGCCAUUGGUCCUCUCCAUGCCUGAGCCUAGAGGAGCUGGUAAGGACGGGAGGGAUGCGGGACACUCCAGCCGCAUGGAGAACCAGUCUGAGCGUGCCAAAAAUAAGCCUGAGUCCGGCAAUAGCAACAAUAAGCCCACUGCUAAAUGGCACCCUGUCACUUCAAAAGGGCUAGAUGAACAUGGAUAUUUGUGAAAGUUAUGGUCCUGGUGACCCACUGAGAAGUAAUGCAAGAGAAUUGCCAAAGAAGUUGAAAAAUAUGGAUUGUUUUUCUACUUGUAAUUUCAAUGCAUUUGUAUUUGAGACUGAGGGCAGUGUAACAGACUCAUCCUUUUGUACCCUCUUCCUGUAAAUUGUGACCUUCGAGUAUCUUAUCAAAGCCAUCCACAGGAGGGCAGUAUGCACUUUGGCUUAAAUCUGUGUUUGCUUGUGAACAGGAAUGACCAUUUUAUGUUAAAUAACAAAAUUAUUUAUUAUCUAUUAUUGAAUU